UUCAGCCAAUCUCGUCCCUGUGACGCUAGAGCAACGUUGGAUUUAGAAGCUCUGCGCCGCUGUCUUCGCCAUGCCAUAACACACCCACCCUUGCUCUCUUGCUCUCUCCACACAGAAGUAUUUCCUCAACUCUACGCCGAGGUGUAGUGCUAUAGCUUCUGGAGGGACGGGGUGAAGGAAAAAAAAUCUUGCACUUGUCAGAUAUCGCACAUUCUUUCGUCGUAGUUGUUGUGUGUGCUGGGUCGUUGUGCGGAAUCGUGACGCGCGUAUCCAGAUGUACACUUUGCUACAAGGAAUCAGACUGGUGCAUCACUUUAUAUUCGACUUCUACCCACGUUGAUAUUUUUUAAUAUUGCGCAGCAAAAUGAGUGAUCUGCUUUAAUCAAACCGUGCUGGACUUGUGUUGGUGUUCUGUGCCCAAAAAACAUCUUAUGCGUUCGCUGAGCAACUAACAGGAAUUGGACAGUAGUGCUUUCUCUGUCAUGGAGCACAAGUUACAGACAGCGAAUGUCUUCCUCGUGCUCAGAUGAUGUGGACCGAGGGUUUGUGCGUUGCAGAUCCGAGGAUGGACCGCUUCGUUGAGGAUCUAGCGAAGACGCAUCAUUCUGGAUAGAUCCACACCGUUCCCCUCAAGGCGCACGGGGAAAUAGCGUUGGAACUCCGGGCAUUCACAGUGACAACAGCACGUCCUCGAAAUUCUAGGCUACUUCAUUUCGGAACGAGGAUAUAUUUUUGAUUGCUGCAUGCCCAAGCUCGCCACGCACCCAUGGUUGGACAGACUAAUAGGGUACACCUGGCGACGUGAUCAAAUUUGUGUUGUUUUGAGCCAAAGGGACAUGUGGACCCGCGACGGAGAUUGAUAGUUAUAUUUCUAAAAUCGAGCUGUGCUUUUAUAUCUUACAAAGCUGGCAAAUGAACAUGAUAACGUUAAUAUAUACCUACUAAAACUAGCGGUCAGCGUGGUGUACACCUUUUGCGAUGUAGUGUGCCUCUUCGUUUUUGCUCUUAUAAUUCUGAUCGAACAGGACACGAUGAAGAUGAUACUCUUUCGUAAAUUUCGAGUUUUGAUCCUCAUGGUGUUCCUUAUAGCAUGCUCCAUGCACAUUAUGAUAGACUUGCUACCGAAACUAGAGCGUCGGAGCAACAGCGCCUGCUCCUGCCCUCACCGACCGAGCGAAGAGCCUCAGAACUGGGGCAAACAUCGACCCAGGUCGGGACCAGACUCAGCCUGGCCUAAUAACAAACAUACUUUGCGAAUUCUCCAAGACUUCAGCAACGAGCCUAGCUCCAACCUGUCCUCGCAUUCACUGGAGAAAAUAACAGCCACGGGGGAUAGAACUGAAACUCUCAAAAGGCUCGAACAUUUCGCACAAAAUAGCGAAGGCAAGAAGCCGUUUAUCGGGGACGCCAACGCAAGCAAGAAUGUACCUGUCAAGGGCUCUCGACUCUCCGCGUUGUAUGAACACCCCCUAUACAGAAGACCCUUGCCUUCGCUGACAGACGAAGACACGUUAUUCAACGUCAAUACGGACAUACGAUUCGAUCCGAAAGCUGCAGAAAACCCAGAAUGGCAUGCCGAGGCCAAGGAUGCUGGAGAGUAUGCCCAGAACGGAGAGCUGACGGCGGACUCCUAUCCCAACUGGCUCCGCUUCCACAUAGGAAUAAACCGCUACGAGCUCUACUCUCGUCACAACCCUGUCAUCGACGCCAUGCUCAAGGACCUGGUGACACAAAGGAUCACUAGCGUUGCCAUGAAGUCUGGGGGGACGCAGCUGAAGCUCAUCAUGACCUUCCAGAACUAUGGGCAGGCCCUGUUCAAGCCCAUGAAGCAAACUCGUGAGCAGGAAACCCCUCCCGACUUCUUCUACUUCUCUGAUUUCGAGAGGCACAACGCGGAGAUAGCUGCCUACCAUCUGGACAGGAUCUUGGAUUUCCGGCGUGUUCCUCCGGUGGCAGGCCGCCUGGUGAACAUGACAAAGGAGAUCCGGGACGUGACGCGGGACAAGAAGCUGUGGAGGACCUUCUUCAUAUCCCCAGCCAACAAUGUCUGUUUCUACGGCGAGUGCUCGUACUACUGCUCCACUGAGCAUGCUCUGUGCGGUAAGCCGGACCAGAUCGAGGGCUCCCUGGCCGCCUUCCUGCCGGACCUGGCCCUGGCCAAGCGCAAGACCUGGAGGAAUCCGUGGAGGCGCUCGUACCACAAGCGCAAGAAGGCAGAGUGGGAGGUGGACCCAGACUACUGUGAGGAGGUGAAGCAGACGCCUCCUUAUGACAGCGGCACACGACUGCUGGACAUCAUGGAUAUGACCAUCUUCGACUUCCUCAUGGGGAACAUGGAUCGUCACCACUACGAGACCUUUGAGAAGUUUGGGAACGAAACCUUCAUCAUUCACCUCGACAACGGAAGAGGGUUUGGCAAGCAUUCCCAUGACGAGGUAUCUAUCCUGGUGCCCUUGAGUCAGUGCUGCAGAGUGAAGAAGUCGACACACUUGCGUCUGCAGCUGCUGGCCAAAGAGGAGUUCAAGCUGAGCCACCUGAUGGAGGAGUCCCUCCUCCAGGACCGCCUGGCGCCCAUCCUCAUCCGGCCCCACCUGGAGGCCAUGGACCGCCGCCUCCGCCUGGUGCUCCAGGUCCUCUCCGACUGCGUGGAGAAGGACGGCUACUCCAACGUGGUGGAGGACGAUCUCGCCGAGCCUGAAACGCACAGAACCGCUGCUGCUGCCUCUGUUGGGGUUGGAAGGGCGCCCUCUGGUGGCAGAGGUGCUGAAACUGCAGGUGGUGCAGCUGCUGCUGCUCCUGCUGGUGCGUCUGCAGCCGUUCCUCCACCUGGACCCCCAGCUACCCACCGGAGGUAGUAGACCCAGGAAGGGCCAGUCUGGACCUUUCCCUCUUACCGAUGCACACCCACAGGAAGGGUGGUAGGCCUGGCUCAGUCAGUCACGCAGUGUAGUGGCAGUUUCAUGUGGUCAAACAGGACGGGGGGACAAGCAAACGUUCGGGUGGAUGUGGAGUGGAGUGGACGUGGAUGUGGAUGUGGUUGUGCACAGCUUCUGAAGGGGGUGUGGAGGGUCUUAAUGCCCAAGAACUGCUGUCUUCACACCCCCUCAACACACACUGCAACCAGAGAUGCUUGAUAGCUUCGUGGCAUUUUUGCUACAAUCACACACACCAUGUCCCAGCGCCUCAUGCGGACUACCACACACAGAGAUGUUGGACGAGAAACACCACCCUUCUGAUGGUGAUGGGACACGAGGCAGGGUUUUGUUGGGGUUGUUUCUUUCACGGACCGGUGCAAAAAUAAAAGACACUUCUUUGGUC